UUGGAAUAUCACCUAAUUUUCUCAUUGAGUAACUCCUUAAACUGCAAAUCCUCCCCUCCCCUGCAAAAAUAAAAAUCCACACAAGGCAUAUAAGAGUGAGGGAAAGACAGGUAGCUACAAGAUUCCAAUAUUUGGGCUCGGCGAUUUCCCCAAUGAGAGCGGUCUUGGCUUUUCUUUUAUCAUCAUCACACUUCUCUUCCGUUUCUCUUGACUGGCUAGCAGCUACUCUCCCUGCCACUUACAUAUAUAUCUUGCCUUGCCAUUUCUUCGAAGCUAGCUAUCACACUAGUCACAAAUUCGUAAUGCAAUGGCAAUAGAUUGCAUCAAAACCAUGCCUUCAAAAACCACCCAUCAUCACCAUCCAAAAGAUCAAGAUCAAUGCAAAGAUGAUAACAAGUCUUUAGUGUUUGAUGCACAAGUUCUUAGAUACCAAUCAAGCAUACCUCAACAGUUCAUUUGGCCUGACCAUGAAAAGCCUAGUGCUAAUGCACCUGAACUCCAAGUUCCACUUAUAGACUUGGGUGAUUUCCUCUCUGGUAACCCUGAUGCUGCAAUGGAAGCUUCAAGACUUGUUGGUGAAGCAUGUCAAAAACAUGGUUUCUUUCUUGUUGUUAAUCAUGGAGUUGAUAAGACACUCAUUGCUCAUGCUCUUAAUUACAUGGACAACUUCUUUGAAUUGCCUCUUUCUGAGAAACAAAAGGCUCAAAGAAAAAUUGGCGAGUCUUGUGGAUAUGCUAGUAGCUUUACUGGCAGGUUUUCCUCCAAACUUCCAUGGAAAGAAACACUUUCUUUUAGCUAUACAGCUGAGAAGAAUUCAUCAAAACAUAUUGAGCAAUAUUUUCAUGACAGAAUGGGGGAAGACUUCGCCAAAUUCGGAAGGGUGUACCAGGAUUACUGCGAGGCCAUGAGCACUUUGUCACUAGGGAUCAUGGAGCUAUUAGGAAUGAGCCUUGGUGUGAGCAGAGCACAUUUCAGAGAAUAUUUCGAAGAGAAUGAUUCAAUAAUGAGGCUUAACUACUACCCUCCAUGCCAAAAGCCUGAACUUACUUUAGGAACUGGUCCUCAUUGUGAUCCAACUUCUUUAACCAUCCUUCAUCAAGACCAAGUGGGUGGUCUUCAAGUGUAUGUAGACAACGAAUGGUGUUCGAUUAGCCCCAAUUUCGACGCUUUUGUCGUUAACAUUGGCGACACCUUCAUGGCUCUAUCAAAUGGUAGAUACAAGAGUUGUUUGCACCGAGCGGUGGUGAACAGCCAAACGCCAAGAAAAUCUCUUGCUUUCUUCUUGUGUCCAAGGAAUGACAAGAAGGUAACUCCACCAAAGGAAUUAGUGGACACAUGCAAUCCAAGAAUAUAUCCAGAUUUCACAUGGCCUAUGUUGCUUGAAUUCACACAAAAGCAUUACAGAGCUGACAUGAAGACACUUGAGAUGUUCACAAAUUGGCUUCAACAAAGAAAUGUUAGCUGAACAAGUGGGUCAAGUUAUGUGUCGCAUAAAUAGACCUGGUGGCAUGCUAUAGGCCUCUUUAUCAAGGACAAAAAAAGGAAAGUGAUACUGAUGGGGAGGGGAGGGGAGUGGAAAGGGAAAGAAAUGAAGCUUGAAAGAGAUGGGGAUUUUGAUGAGAUUUGGAGGGGAACAACACUACAUGAAGAGAGGAAAAAAAAUUUGAGACUCUCUCAAAGGACAACUUUCCUUUAUGCCCAUAGGUCUGGUAAUUACUAGCUAGCUUAUUUAUAUUUUAUUGGCCAUGAACAAAACGUAAAAUCCACAGACCAGUAAAAUGUUGGAUUGGCUAAUUGCUUUUUGUAUUUUCUUUGAUAAUGUAAAAAGGUUAUCACUA